AUGGCCGAAAGCUUUUUUACAACCGACAAUCCAGAUUAUGCCGCCUGCGAAGCGUUCUUUCAUAGGCUCAAUCAGCUUAUCAGAGGCGCUAAUGAGCACCACAAUGUCGCAGAUAUUGAUGCUGGUACUAUUCCUGCAACCGGCUAUAAUGGCUUAUGCCAGACUUGGCAGGAAGCAGGCAAAAAAGCCAUUGCAGAUCAAUCUCCGGAGAACUUUUGGUCUGCCUUUAAUGAAACCCGCGAUGUUCUGAAAAUUUUCAACAAAAGGCAUCAUCUUCCACGAGCCUGGAAUAUCAGCAAGGAAUGGGCGGAGCAAUUGAUAGGAGCACCGAACCCGAGAGCUGAAACAGAAUCCGAUUCGAGUGACGACGGGCAAUCCACCUUGACUGGUCAGCCUGCAACGAGCGAAAGGCAGAGUGAAGACAUCGAUCUGACUUCCGAUGACAAUGACGGCACAGGCCUUGACGCCUUGGAAGCGAGAGCGAUGAAGCAGCAACGUCGACUGACAUCUGCAAAAGUCUUAUACUGGUGGCCUAAAGGCACCGGUUCUCAGAUAUUCGUGCGAUAUGGUGACAGGGCGACACCGAUUUACCGUAUCAGGGCGGGAUCUCAUGAGAGCUACAGUCGUCAUAUGGUCGAACAAGUCCUGUCCACAAAAACGCGCGGCAACGCCAAAGAAACUGGAGUUAAAAAUGGCAUUCCUGAGGAAUUCUGGAAAUACAGACGCAAAGACGUGGAGGAUAUCCUGGGAGUUGGUUGGAAGAUUGAAGAUGAUGAUGAGGAGGGCCUCAAUCCACUUAAUCUCCUACGGCCUGCAAAGGGUAAGGACGUUCGUUCAUUCGUCGGAUCACAUCUGGCUCGGCUUUGGACGGCGAUCGAUUAA